UUGCAUGUAAUAAAUAAAUAGGAAGGUUCAAGGUACUCGUAUCGUGACUGUUGCGUGCAACGGUUGUGUUAUGCAGGCCGUCCGCGUCGCGAUAACCGGAUUUCACUUGUGCGAAAUAUUUUUAGGCGAAACGUAUUUUGGAGUUCUGAUAUAGAUACGACUUAUCACGAAUUAUCAAAAUGGCGUCAGUGAGAAGAUCUAUUUGGAUUGGAAUAAAAUGUGCUGAAUUAACAAGAGCUAAAAAGAACUCAAUUCCCUUGGUGUCAUGUUUGUCGACGGACCUUCAUAGUCGCAGUGUUUACACAAAAUCAAUUACAAAGGAAAUCCAUCACAUCAGUAACACCGAUAAGGAAUUAGAUUCUGGCAAAUUGGAUAAGUUGAUAAACAGACCGACGUGUAUAAUACUGAAUUGGCUCCUCGCCUCAAGAAAAGCAGUGAUGAAGUACGCGGACCUAUACCUGGCGGAGGGAUUUGACGUGAUAACUGUGAACUGUAGACCUUGGCAACUCGUUUGGCCGAAAAGAGGGGCCCAGGUUAUAGGUAUGGAUCUGCUGAAGGUGAUGGCAUCCAGUGACGUAACAUACGUGGUCCAUGGAUUCUCUGUUGGAGGUUAUGUGUGGUCUGAGGCGAUGGUACAGGCUAUGAAGGAUUCACAAAGGUACCAACCGGUGCUGGACAGAGUUAAGGCUCAAGUCUGGGACUCCCCCGCAGACAUAACAGAAGUCCCCGUUGGCAUACCCUGGGCUAUGUUCCCGAAUAACAGGCCUGCGCAACUUGCCACGAGAGCUUUUAUCAAAUUGUAUUUGAAGGCGUUCUACAAUAUAGCGACCGUGCACUAUGAGAGGGCUUGCAACUUGUUCUAUCGGACGCCGUGCACCGCUCCAGGGCUAUUCCUCCUCUCCAGCAAAGACCCAGUGGGGAAAGAAGAACGGAUUCGGAGAGCCUGUGAUAUUUGGAUUAGUAUGGGGAUUAAGUGCACGCUUCAGUGCUGGCCCGACUCACCCCACGUGUUACACUAUUUGAAGCAUCAAGACGAGUAUGUCGCGCUAGUUCGUAAGCACUUGCAUGACAAUGUAAAAGAACCCAAACAGCUAAGCUGAUCUUUUACUUUUCUGCCGUAGGUAUUUGACUCUUAGACCAGUGCUGAAGCCUUUGAAAAUUUUACAAAGUGAAAAAGUAGUAUGAAACUUAUUGGAAAAGGAAGAGAAUAUAACAUAAAUAUAAACUUACUUAAAUAAACAAAUAAAAUUUAAUGAACGAUGCGGGACUCGAACCCACGACCUCCGGCGUUCCGUGCCGGUGCUCUAACCACCUGAGCUUACCGUUAGAGUGACGUAUCGUUAUAAAAUCUUGUAUGCUUUGUUCAACUCUCAGUUACUUACUUACUUAAAUGAACUUGUAAACUUGUUAUGUUCAUUUUUCGGUUUAUAUAAAUCGGUCUAAUAUAACUAGGUAUUUUAGUUGCUAGCUUUUUCGAGCACUAUAUAAUUUAUGAUUUCUGUUAAUGUGGAACUCUAAGUCUAUUUGUUUUCAUGUAUUUAUUGUCAUAUUUGUUUAAGACUGUAUGUUUCCCAAAUAGAAGAAAAAAAAUAUGGAUUAAAUUUAAUCUUAUCUAUUUAUAAAUGUAAAAAGGAUAAUGAUUCAGUGUUUUAUUAUCCUAUUUUUUCAUUUUUAUUUGUUAAUUCUUUUCCAAUGGGUUUCACCCUACUAUUAAUUUUUUUGGUUUCAAAAAUUAUUAUCGAAAUUACAAACCCUUCCAGUAUCUAGGCCCUAGGGUAUAUUUUAGAGAUAGGUGAGAGAAUUUCAAAUAGAGAAAAUGAAAUUAUGGCCGCUUUAUCAAACGGUCUUGACCUAUGGUUGUAGUUUAUCAUACAUAUAAGUAGGUAGAUAUAGUUAUAUAUGGACUUGGUGUUGAUGAAUUAAUUAUUAUUAAGAAAGAGUAGGCUGUCUAUAAAGCUCGUUUAUGUACUAUACUAUUAGCAACUAUAUUUAAUUAAUAUGACAAAAAUGUGAUCUUGGUUUUAUGAAUAAUUAAAUAUUUACAUUUUAA